AUCGCGCAAAAGGGUUGCAACAACCAAAUGUGCAAUACGAGUCUGUUCUUUAUGACCCAGUGCCUUCCACCACGAAGUGCACAGUUGAGCCUGCAUGCACACGCAAAAGUAAAGUCGUGCGUGGAAAAAACACAAUUGCCAUAGUGUGAUCGCGAGUUUGUAACUCGUGUGUCCAUCACUGCAGAUCCGUCCGUCCAUCAGCUUUUACUAAAACAAUGCAAAUUGUUUUUUUUCUCUCAGUGUUGACAGUGCCACUUAGACUUUAACUGUAUUUUAAUCCGCUGCUGAUCUCCACGCCAUACCUUUGCCUUUUUGGUUCGGGAACGUAAAGGAAUUUUUGGUUUUGAGAGCAGUGUCUGCCCAGGUGAAAGAGAUUGUAACUGUUGCAUGAAAAGUUAUCACAGGAAGUGCAUCCUGGUUCCAUUUAUAUUGGAUCCCAAUUUCUUUUUUCCUCUUACACACGCCGAGAAUUCCUACUGGAUCGCUUCGGGGGUGAAGUACAUGCUUUCUCCGCCGACUAUGGCGCGCAGGAGUAAGUGCAGCACAGAGGAAGGAUCUCGGGACACUUUAGUGUCGUAGAGAGGAGGCUACAUGAGGUUGUCAGAGGGCCGCACGCUUGCCUUUUCUGCCGACUCCACCUUCCCACCUCCUCCUCUUCAAAUCUGCGAAGAAACAAAAUCUCCGUCAGGGGAGGGGGAUUGAUAUCUGCAGAGAGGAAUAAACCGAGAGGGAGAAGUCUGAGAGGAGUUGAGCUUCGCUGUCUUCUCCCCUGCCGUCCCCCAAGCGGUGGGGGAACGAUCAGAAAUUUAUUUUAUAAGGACAAGACAAGGAGACGGAAAUAAGGGAGAUACUUUUGCCCUUCGUGGAGCUACUACAUUUUUUAAUUCGUCAAAAAAUAUGGCCGAUAAUGUCCUGGAGUCCGGCCCGCCUUCUGCCAAGAGGCCCAAGCUGUCCUCCCCAGCUCUAUCGGUGUCUACCAGUGAUGGAAACGAUUUUGGUUCAUUCCUGGACCUGGAGCAUGACCUCCCAGAUGAGCUCAUCAGUUCUUCGGACCUGGGUCUAACCAAUGGAGGGGAUGUUAGCCAACUCCAUACUACUCUCAGUGGCAUUGGGGCUGGGUUGGGUGUGGUAGGAGGCCAGGAUGCUGCUGCAAAGCACAAACAGCUGUCUGAACUUUUGCGUGCUGGGGCGCCAGGACAGCAAGGUGGCCCAACGUCCAACAACACAGCACCUGGGGCUUCCAUGGGGUUGAUGGGAGGUGUCAAUGUUUCCUCUGGUGGACCUCCAGGCAUGCAACCCCAGGGCCAGCAGCAGCAACCUGGACUUAUGCAGCAGGUUGGGAUGGUUGGAGGUUUGACUGCUCUUAACCGAGCAGCGGCCAUGAUGGGUCCCCAGAAAGGCAACACUGGACAGCAACAGCAAGGGUUAAUGGGGGGACAAGUAAUGAAUGGUUCAUCAAGAAUGGGUUACCCUGGCAAUUCAGGCAUGAAUAAUAGUGGUAACUUACUGGCAGAAACGCUUCAGAUGCAGCAACAACCAGGGGGUCAACCAAUGGGACCUGGUAGUCAGGCCGGGAUGAGACCACAGCAACCAGGAGCACUAACCAAAAUGAAUAUGAUGGCCAACGCGGGCCCCUAUGGUGGUCCAUACGGCCAGUCUGCCAGCCAGGGGUUGCCUGGAGCAGGGCUGGGCCCUCAGCUCCAGAAUAAAGCGGGCUUGCCCAACAACAUGGCUGCUCAUUUCAACAUGGACAAAAAGGUGCCACAAAGUCAAGGCAUGCCUGGGAUGCCCUCGCAGCAGCAGCAGCAGCAGCCUGGAGCAGUUGGAAGUGUGUCCGUUGGCGCAGCAGCAGCAUCAGCAGUGGGAGGGGCACAGGUUGGGCUCAGUGCGGUAGGGGCAGGUCCCGGCACUGCGCCCCCUACUGCAGACCCUGAAAAGCGAAAGCUGAUUCAACAGCAGCUAGUUCUCUUGCUCCACGCGCACAAAUGCCAGCGCCGAGAGCAAGCCAACGGUCAAGUGAGGCAGUGCAACCUUCCACACUGUCGUACCAUGAAGAAUGUGCUCAAUCACAUGACUCAUUGCCAGGCUGGCAAGUUAUGCCAGGUUGCACACUGUGCCUCAUCCAGACAGAUCAUCUCCCAUUGGAAGAAUUGCACACGACACGACUGUCCUGUAUGUCUGCCACUGAAAAAUGCUGGCGACAAGAGAAAUCAGCAACCUCUACUCAACAGUGCAGGAGUUGGUUUAGUGAAUUCUUUAGGAUCAGGAAUCCCUGGUGGACAGUCAAGCACUCCAAACCUGAACCCUCCUAAUCAGAUUGACCCCAGCUCGAUAGAACGGGCCUAUGCAGCACUAGGUCUCACUUACCAGGGCAACCAGAUCCCGCAGCAACAGCAGCAGACUAACUUGCCAAACCAGGGACUACAGGGGCAGCCUGGAAUGAGAAAUUUGAACAUAGGUGGAAACACUAUGGGAGUAAAUGGUGGCGUGCAGCCUCCAAACCAGUCGUCUAGCCUAUUACCAGACGCCAUGUUGCACGGCAGCCUGAAUGCCCAGAGUUUGAUGAAUGAUAGUCUGGCAAGCUUGGGAUCGAUGCCCACAGCAACUCCUCCGUCCACUGCAGGCAUGAGAAAGUCCUGGCAUGAAGACAUCACACAGGACCUACGCAACCACCUUGUUCACAAGCUUGUGCAAGCCAUCUUUCCCACUCCUGAUCCAGCCGCGCUUAAGGAUCGGCGGAUGGAGAAUCUAGUGGCGUAUGCACGAAAAGUAGAGGGAGACAUGUAUGAAACGGCCAACAGUAGGGAGGAGUACUACCAGUUGUUGGCAGUGAAGAUCUACAAGAUUCAGAAGGAGCUAGAGGAAAAGAGGAAGACAAGACUACAAAAGCAGGGCAUGAUGCCAGGACAGCCUGGAAUAGCUUCUACAGGCCCCCCACAAGGGCCUCCCAGCAUGGGACAACCAACCAUGGCUCCAGGGCCAACCUCAAAUGGCCCACAUGCUGAUCCGUCCAUGAUCAGACCAGCUGGACCCAACCAGAUAGUCAACCGGAUGCAAAACGCCUCAGGAAUGAACCAAUUUGGACAGAUGGGGAUGCAGGCAAUGGGUCAAAGGUCAACACCUCCUCUUCCCCUUGGUGCUCCAAUAAACCAGAUGGGCAUGGGUGCACCAAGAAUGGGUCAGCCCAAUUCUACACAAUUACAGAACCAAUACCUUUCCCAAGGCCAGUUUCCAGGAUCCAGUCCUGGACUUAAUUCUGUUUCAGUGGGCAUGAAUCAGCCAGGGCCACAGACUGCAGUGCCACAGCAAAACCAGAUGUCAGUGCCACCAUCUCUUCCAGCCAGCAGUCCUGCAGCACAGUCUGCUUCAUCUGCUCCAGGCUCUGCAGCCCCUAUGGGACCUGGUAGUGCUGGUGGAGCUGGGCCUUUACCCAACAUGCCUCCAUCAUCCACGCCCACCCAGCCCAACUCCUAUCCUCACUGCUCAUCCAUUCGAACAAACUCCCCGUCACCAGCUCGCAGCUUAACCCCACAACCCCAUCAAACACCGCCAGCGUUGCCUCGUUCUCAGACUCCACAGCCACAGACGCCAAACACGCCUCAGCUGCCUCCACCUCCGCAGCAGCAGCAGCAGCAGCAACAACAACAACAACAACAACAACAGAAGCAGCAACAACAGCAGCAGCAGCAGCACCAAACGUCGCAACACCAACAGCAACCGCUAUCAGGGCUAACAGUGAAGACGGAGAAGCCACAGCAGACCCUCUGCAGCAUGGCUUCCUCAGUCCCACAGUCGGGUCAGAAUUCUUCAGCCCCGAACCAGAAUGCCCAUGUACCACUGCAGCUGCAGAGCCCACCAUCUGCAAAGCCCUCCGUGACCACAGAUUGCCAGACGUCCUCUCCAGCAUCAGUCAACAGCAGUACUGAUGCCAGCUCCCAGCAUGCUCCAGCAGAAGAACUUGUUCCCGUCCAGGAAGAUGUUAAAAUGGAAGUGAAGAAAGAGAAGGAAGAGGAAGAUGAAGGAACUGAUGUAAAGGAGGAGGAGCAGAAAGAGAAGAAGGAGGGAAAAGAUCAGUGUGACAUGAAGAUGGAAGACAAACCUGAGAUUAAGGAGGAAAAGCCGUUGGCAGGCGGAUGUAAAAGUGAACCCAUGGAUACAUCGUCGUCCUCUGUGUCAUCGUCUGCGGCCACGAGUGACGACAAGAAGCCUGAGGUUAAGAAAGAGCCCAAAGAAGAAGAGGAGGGGUCAGCCACCAACAGCUCCCCAGCCAGCAGUCAAAGCAAAAAGAAAGUUUUUAAGCCUGAGGAGCUGCGUCAGGCUCUGAUGCCCACCCUGGAGGCCUUGUACCGGCAGGACCCCGAAUCACUUCCCUUCCGUCAGCCGGUGGACCCCCAGUUACUGGGAAUACCCGACUACUUUGACAUUGUGAAGAACCCCAUGGAUUUGUCGACCAUCAAAAGGAAGUUGGACACCGGGCAGUAUCAGGAGCCGUGGCAGUACGUGGAGGACAUUUGGCUGAUGUUCAAUAACGCUUGGCUGUACAACCGCAAGACUUCCCGAGUUUACAAGUACUGCUCCAAGCUGGCUGAGGUGUUUGAGGUGGAGAUUGACCCUGUCAUGCAGGGCCUGGGCUACUGUUGUGGGAGGAAGUAUGAAUUUUCCCCUCAAACUCUAUGCUGCUACGGGAAACAAUUGUGCACCAUCCAACGUGACGCUGCUUACUUUAGCUACCAGAACAGGUACCACUUCUGUGAGAAGUGUUUCAACGAAAUCCAGGGUGAGAGCGUUUCCCUGGGAGACGACCCCUCUCAGCCCCAGACGUCCAUAAAUAAAGACCAAUUUCAACGGAAGAAGAACGACACACUUGAUCCUGAGUUACUUGUGGAAUGUACUGACUGUGGUCGUAAAAUGCACCAGAUCUGUGUCCUGCAUCAUGAAACCAUAUGGCCUUCAGGCUUUGUUUGUGACAACUGCCUUAAAAUGGCAAAUAAGACACGAAAAGAAAACAAAUACGCAGCCAAAAGACUUCCCCAGACAAAGCUAGGGAACUAUUUGGAGACACGCGUUAAUGACUACCUCAAGCGUCAAAGCCACCCUGAAUCUGGUGAGGUCACCAUCCGAGUGGUUCAUGUCUCAGACAAGGUAGUGGAGGUCAAACCAGGCAUGAAGUCCAGGUUUGUGGACAACGGAGAAAUGGCAGAGUCCUUCCCCUACAGAAUGAAAGCUCUGUUUGCAUUUGAAGACAUCGAUGGAGCAGAUGUUUGCUUCUUUGGCAUGCACGUUCAAGAGUACGGCUCCGACUGCCCACCUCCCAACCAGAGACGUGUGUACAUCUCUUACCUGGACAGUGUGCACUUUUUCAAACCUCGACACCUCAGGACCGCCGUGUACCAUGAGAUUCUCCUAGGGUAUCUGGAAUAUGUCAGGAGGCAGGGAUUCACAACAGGUCAUAUCUGGGCCUGUCCGCCCAGUGAAGGCGACGACUACAUCUUCCACUGUCACCCACAGGACCAGAAGAUCCCUAAGCCAAAACGCCUGCAGGAGUGGUACAAGAAGAUGCUGGACAAGGCUGUAACGGAGCGAAUUGUCCAUGAUUACAAGGACAUCUUCAAGCAGGCGACUGAGGACCGGCUGACCAGCGCCAAGGAGCUGCCAUAUUUUGAGGGCGACUUUUGGCCAAAUGUGCUGGAGGAGAGCAUAAAGGAGCUGGAGCAGGAGGAAGAGGAGAGGAAGAGGGAGGAGAACAGUACCUCCAGCGAAAGCACUGAUACCAUAAAAGGCGACAGCAAAAAUGCCAAAAAGAAGAACAAUAAGAAAACGAGCAAGAACAAAAGCAGCUUGAGCCGAGCGAACAAGAAGAAACCAGGGAUGCCCAACGUUUCCAAUGACCUUUCUCAAAAACUUUAUGCUACCAUGGAGAAACACAAGGAGGUCUUCUUCGUCAUCCGUCUCAUUGCUGGCCCCACGGCCAACUCCCUGCCCUCCAUCACUGACUCCGACCCUCUGAUGGCCUGUGAUCUGAUGGAUGGCCGUGAUGCCUUUUUGACUCUGGCCAGGGAUAAGCACCUGGAGUUCAGCUCCCUCAGGAGGUCCAUGUGGAGCUCCAUGUGUAUGUUGGUGGAACUGCACAACCAGAGCCAGGACCGCUUUGUUUACACAUGCAAUGAGUGUAAACAUCACGUGGAGACCCGUUUCCACUGCACUGUCUGCGAGGACUAUGAUUUGUGCAUCACCUGCUACAACACUAAAGGUCAUGAGCACAAAAUGGACAAGCUUGGUCUUGGGCUGGAUGACGACAGCAACAAUCAGUCAGCAGCAGCUACUCAGAACCCAGGAGACUCACGUCGCCUCAGCAUUCAGAGAUGCAUCCAGUCGCUGGUCCACGCCUGCCAGUGCCGCAACGCCAACUGCUCUUUACCGUCCUGCCAAAAGAUGAAACGCGUUGUUCAGCACACCAAAGGCUGCAAGCGCAAAACGAACGGUGGCUGCCCCAUCUGCAAGCAGCUCAUCGCUCUGUGUUGUUACCACGCUAAGCACUGUCAGGAGAACAAAUGUCCGGUCCCCUUCUGUCUGAAUAUCAAGCAGAAGCUGCGGCAGCAGCAGCUACAGCACAGGCUCCAGCAGGCUCAGAUGUUGAGGAGAAGAAUGGCCAGCAUGCAGAGGGUGGGUCAGGCCGCCGGAGGACCGCCAGGUGGACCUAUGGUUGGGCUUCCAUCGCCGGGAAACAAUGGCACCACAGCACCAAGUACGCCAACGUCUGGAGGGACCCAGCCCCCAACUCCUCAGACCCCAACUCAGACAAUGCCUCCAGUCCCACAGCAAGGCAUGGGUCCAGGACCUGCUGUUCAACAGCAGCCUGGUGGGAUUCCACCUCAGAGUGGGCUGCCUCCUCAACACCCCCUUCACCACCAGUUUCAGCACAUGGCAGGUGGAGCUGGUGGAGGUGGGGGCUUAAUGAGCUCUCCCCAACAUCAGCAGCAGAUGCUUUCUCAAAUGCAGCAGCAGCAGCAGCAUAGUGGCCCAGGGACCAAUGCUCAGCAACUUCAGCAGCACCACAACAAUGUGUCUCCGUAUGCCAACAGACCUCCAGGUUCCUCGCCAAUCCAUCAGUCCCAGGGAAAACCAGUUCUUGGCCCUGCAACACCGCCACAGCCACAGCCUGGUGAUCGUGUAAUGCCUGGUAACAUUGGGGGACAGCAACCCCCUAAUCAACCGCAGGGCCAAGCUCCCAUCCCACAACAACAACAACAACAACAGAGUCAGGCUAGACCUCCGCCGGCAGCAGUAGAAAUUGCCAUGAAAAUCCAACAGGUGGCUGAUGCUCAGAGAAAGAUGGCUCUGCAGAGACAAGCUGCCCCAGGAAUUGCCCCUCCAUAUCCUCACCAUCAACCAGGUCAAGGUCAGCAGAUGGGCAUGGGACACCCAGGGCCAGUCGGGAUGGUCGGACCGCAGGGCAUGACACCGCAGGCUGCAGCAGCAGCGGCUGCUGCUCGAGCCCACAUGGAUCAACAACAGGGUGGCCCUCAAGGAAUGAUGGUUAAUGCUGGGGGUCCCAUGCAGCAACCACCUCAGCAGGGGGGGCUGCCCCAAGGCCAGCUUCCCCCUCAGGUCCAGCUUCAACAGCAGAGAAUGGGUGCCCCUAUUCAAAACCCACAGCAACAACAACAGCCGCAGCAGCAGCAGCAGUGGGCUGGACAGGGGAUGCCACCACAGCAGAGACAAGCUAUGAUGAACCAAAUGGGCCAUACAGCCAUGAUGGCAGCGCAGCAGCAACAACAACAGCAAAUUCAACAACAACAGCAAAUUCAACAACAACACCAAAUUCAACAGCAACAGCAAAUUCAACAACAACAGCAACAGCAACUUCAACAGCAACAGCAAAUUCAACAGCAACAACAAAUUCAACAGCAACAGCAUCAUCCACAAGCUCAAGGCCAUGCUGCCUUGUUGAACAUGGCACAACAACAACAGCAACAAGGGGCAGGUAUGCCAGGGGGCGCUGUCCCUGGACCCACUGGUAUCCCAGGGGCCGGUGCUGCUGGAAACAUCCCCCAGGCGGCGCUCCAGGAUCUGUUACGGACUCUACGGUCACCAAGCUCCCCCCACCAGCAGCAGCAGGUUCUUAACAUCCUGCGGUCUAAUCCGCAGCUCAUGGCUGCCUUCAUAAAGCAAAGGGCCUCAAAAUACAAGGGCGUGCAAGGAGCCCCUGGUGGUCCCGGUGCUGUACCAGGACCUCCUGGCCCAGGUGGAGGGCCCAUUGGUAAUGUUAUGGCAGGGGGAGGCCCACCAGUCACCAUAAAUCCUGCAGGGCCUGGUCAGCCAGGUAUGCAUAUGGGUGGUCAGGGAGGGACGAACGUUAACAUGUCCACAAUGGCCCAAUUACAGCAAGUUCAGCAGCAGCAGCUUCAGCAACAGCAGCAACUCCAACAGCAACAGCAGCUACAGCAGCAGCAACAACAGCAGCAGCAGCAGCAGAGACCAAUGCUUGGUGGUUUACAGCAGCAACAGCCACAGCAGCAGCAGGGGGCAGGAAGGGGGAUGCCAGGUCAGGGGCCACAGAUGGCCAAUCUUAAUCCUAACCAGUUAAGAGAGAUAUUCAUGAGGAGGCAUCUGCAGCAGCAGCAACAACAACAACAACAACAACAACAGCAACAACAGCAGCAGCAGCAACAACAGAUGGGAGUGAAUCAUGGUCAGUUCCAGCAACCACAGCCGCCACAAGGGCAGGGCUACAUGGGGCAGCCUGGGAUGCAGCCCCCUGCAGUGGGGCAGGGCCCACCUGGGGGCCCAUCGUUAGGUCCCCAGCAACCUGGUGGUCCACCAGGCCAGCAGGGGCAGGGUUACCCAGGACCUGUGUCCCAACAGCAGGCCACAGCUGCCCUGCAGCAUAGGCUCCAACACCAGCACCACCUCCAGAUGCAGCAGCAGCAGAACGCCAUGGCUGGCCUGCCAGGGGGUGAUCCAGGGCCACUGGGUCCUCAACAGCCCCCCCAGGGGCCACAGACCACUCAGGGUGGCCCCCCACCUACGUCCUCUCAGGCCCUGCUUCAACAGGCCAUCCAACAGAGGCUGCUUCAGCAGCAGCAGCUCGGUCCUGGUGGGUCACCGGCCCAACACAGCAAUCCCAUGAGCCCUCAGCCUCCGCAGCAGUUGUCCCAGUCGCCGCACCUGCAGGGCCAGGGGCUGCCCACAUCGCUAGCCAACCAGGUGCGAUCGCCACAGCCCUCUCCGAGACCCCAGUCGCAGCCGCCAAACUCCAGCCCGUCCCCACGCAUGCAGCCUCAGCCCUCUCCGCAUCACAUUUCUCCUCAGAUGCAGACGGGUUCUCCACACCCUGGUCACUUGAACCAGCACCUCCAAGGUGGUCUUGGGGUCCCUCCUCAACAGCCGCCAGGGCCAAACAGCCAACAGCAGCAAAACUCUAUGGACCAGUUUGGCUUGGACCAGAGCGGUAUGUUAUCUCAGCUGAGUGGCAUGGCCGGUCUACAUGGGCCGGGUGGAAACGGUCAGGACCCACUGGGCCAGAAUCUGAAUCACAACCCUUUAGACAUCAUGUAGGAUUUCUACUAAUGUGUCAGAGCUAAAAGGCUCAGUGGUUCUCCGCACAAACUGCACUCACCCAGGACAGUGUUAUUGUUGUUACUUAGCUUUUCAUUUUUUUACUGUUAUUAAAUGUUAUUUAAAAUGUUUUCAAUAAAGAUGCAUUGAACUGAACUUCCUAUGGGAGAUGAACAAUAAAUCAAGCAGUCGUUAAAUAAAGUAGAGUAAAUGAAUUGUAAGUUAUUGCUGUUAAUAUAUUUUUUUGCCAACGGUGGACAAAGGGGCGGGGCGGGGUUUUCUCCUGCGGCCUUCUCUCCUCCACACCUAACAUAACAGAAGAAAGGUGAUAUUUUUGGGGGGGUAGGAUUGGGGAGGGGCUCAUUAGAAGUUCUUGCCUUUUUAAAAAACUGUUUUUAAUGUUUUAAAUGUGGUUCAGAUUUAGGAGGAAGUGAAUUCAUGCAAAGACCUUUUCUAGGUUUUGUUUUCCAGAUCAUUCAGCCUGUUGUUUCUGUUAUAGCAGAAUGAUGUGGAUGAUUAUUAUUCUUAUUUUUUACUGAGAAUCCAAACCUGAUGCAUAUCCUUUUUUUAAUGUUUGGGUUUGAUUUAUUUAUUGUUUUUCUGUUUGAUUUUUUUUUUUUUUGUUUAUUUUUUGAGGGGGUUGGGGUGGGACAAGGAUGUCAUUUUCCCUAAGACUGCUUAAAUUCAUAUAGAAAUAUAUUUUUAUUAUUGACCUUGGACGGGGAGGUGGGGGUUAGUGUUUAUUUCAUUUCACUGUAGAUGUCUUUAGUUGGGUCUGUCCAGGUGUGGGGGAAAAUGAAAUGUCAGUGUUUAACUGCGGUGGUUGAAGGUCUGCUGUGACGUUGACAUGUACAACAGACAUAUUGUGACGUCUCGCCGACCAGCGUCUGUGUGGGACACCAGUCGUGCUGGACGACUCGCGAACAUGCAAUUCCUCUCCCUCGAAUGUGUGUGUACUCCUUCCUUUUAAAGACACUUCAUUUGGAGCAGAGGAGUCUUGGGGAGGGGGGUGCUAACCUGUGUGCCUGUAACUUUCUGUACCCGAGUUGGGACGUGGAUGAGAGUGGGUGGGGCGGGCUCUCCGUUUAGUGUUUUUAGGAUUCUGCUGUUUGGAGUAAACAGAUGAUUUUUGAUCCAAAUGAACUGUGUUGCACAGAAAUGAGGAGUAAGGAGACCCGAGGAGUCCGUCGUCUCCUCCUCCAGCCUCCUCAUCCCCUUUGCUGCUUCCUUUGGACUUUAAAAUCUCCCCCUCCUCCUUUAGAGAACAUUGAUCCCCUUUCUUCUCAACUCCGACUUUAUGAAUUUUGGGAUUUUAAUUUAAUAUUUUUUACUGUACAAAGAAACACAAACUGUGGACUCAAAUACUGUUUUUAUAAUAAAAUGAAAAUUACCAAUAGUGA